AUGGAUCAGCUGUAUCGGAUUGAUGAACUCCCCAGUGUAGAUGAAGUUUUCAAGAAUAGUUAUGAAGUUUACCGGAAUUACUCGCUCGAUGUUUUAAAGUACAAAGAAUUUUGUCAGUAUGGACUUGCAGAAAGCAUUGAAAAAGUUCACGAAUGGUGUAUUCAUCUCCAAUGUUUGAGUCCCUCUGAUCCAUGCUCCCCGAUGAGUGGUGCGGAAUACGAAAAAAGACAUAUAGGAUUAAUUACUCCAUCCACUUCAUCAUAUCUUAACGUUAGUUCACUAGUAGAGGAAUCUUUGCCAAAUUCUUCAUCAAUAUCGGUUUUUAACUACAUGCAACAUAUUGGGAAUAAUAUAACUGGAUGUUAUGAUGAUUAUAUAUGUGAUAAGCAAUAUAAUAGUUAUCCAAAUCAUUGCAUUUUGGGUGUUGUCUGUUUUACUUUGUGCUUAUGUGGAAUUGUAAGCAAUGUAGUUCUUUUCCCAGCUUAUAACUUUGGAUUGAAUCGUUCUGGAGCUACUGUUUAUUUGAGUGCAAUGGCAAUAUUUGAUUGUGUUUUUAUGGGGUUAUCAUUAUUAAUUAAUGUUAUUCACUAUCUACCACCUUCAUUUAUUGAACAAAUGGAAAUGUAUGGACAAUUUUCUGGUUACUUGAUUCCAUAUGGCCUACCUGUCAUACAAAUAUGUGAACUGUUAGUUGUUUGGUUAACCAUAGCAUUACUAAUCAAUCGUCUACUUUAUUUGAAUUUGGGCCCACAUUCCAAAUCAUUAUGUUCACAACUUGAAUCCGUGAAAAUCGUAAUAGCGGUGUUUUUCCUAUGUAUUGCUUAUAUGGGAUGCAAAUUUUUUGAAUAUACUUAUGUGGAAUAUCCAGAUAAAAAGGUUGUACGUGUUUUACUCACUCAACUUGGCAAAACGGAGAUGUUUCGGGAUAUAAUGGAUAAUUGGUUAAAAGUUCCACUUGAAAUGUUUUUACCGUAUUUGGCUUGUGGAUUGCUAAUAACAACUAUCGUUUUAAAAAUGGUAAAUUUACAUACAUCAAAGUGGAAGGCUGUAGCUAGCUUAUGCAAUGAAACUGCUUGUGCGUGUGUCUGUCGAACAGGUGUCUGUGGUAAUGAAUGUCGUGAAGGUGUAAAAUCUGACGAUCUAUCUAAAUCCUGGUCAUCUGAUUUUAAUAAUCAAGAAAAAUCUGGAAAAGUAACAAAUGCAAAACAGUCUACUCCUAACAAGAAUGAUGCCUUUCAAAAAUCAUUUACCAGUACCAAUCGUAAUAACGGGAAUUUCACAAAUUUGGAUCCAAUUGAACAGGAAUUAGCCUAUCUUUUCUUUCAGUUGCCUCAAUUAGACGAAACACGUGAAAAUGCUAAUGUUAUAACAGCAGUUUGUAUUGGACUAAUUUUGUUGAUUUGUAAAAUCCCAAAAUUUCUACUACACGUAAUUUCAACCGAGAAUUACAUCACUUAUGAUCCAGAAGUAUUUAGAAUGAUAAACCAAUUAUUGGAUACGAUGUUUGCAGCUUGUAAACCAGUGAUCUGUAUACUAGUCGGAGCACAUUAUAGACAAGCUUUAACAACACCCUCAACAUGUUGUCUACCCAACGAUACUAAUAUUAACACCACUACAACUACAACAACAACUACUGUUACUAACAUUAGAGGUGAUGCAUUGAUAAUUGAAGACAAUAAUCAUGAAGCAAUAGUGAAUAAAGAGGCAGCAAACUACCAGUCAGUUAUUACACACCAACCAGAAUGAGGUCAGUUAAUACUAAAAAUGACACAUCCAGGUAAUUAAAACUAUUAUAAUCAUGAAUUUAACUGAUUAUAUGAUAAAAAACAACUAAAGCAUAUUUGUUAGUUUAUUUCUCUUGAUUAUAUACUAUUCACUUAAUUUAGCAUUGAUUCAUGUGACGUGAAUUACAUAACUUACCUGAAGUCAUUUAGUCAUAUUUCUUUUUGUUGCCA